CUGGCUGGUAAAGGGGUGGGGAUUGAUUAUUAUUAAUGUUUGAUUAGCAUGAGCGCAGUCAGGAAAGCGAUACGGACUAACAUCGCUGACCCCGUGCUGAACUGGGCGCCCAUUUUACAAUCCAAAAAUAGUUGGAGAGGACAUGUAUAAAACAGAAAGAGCAGAACCUCUGAUAUUUUACUGGACGUCCCUCUUGCACCUAUCUAGCCCUUCUCCCACCUCAACACCCGUCAGCCUGUAACCCGCCAAGAUGGCAAUGAGCAGCAUCCUCAACGCUGAUGACAUCAAGAAAGCCCUUGAUGCAUUUGCAGUUGCUGACUCCUUUAACCAUAGGAAGUUUUUCGAGAUGGUUGGUCUGAAGGCCAAGUCUUUUGACGAAGUAAAGAAGGUUUUCCUGGUGCUGGAUGCCGACAACAGCGGCUUCAUAGAGGAGGAGGAGCUCAAAUUCGUUCUGAAGGGUUUCGCAAAAGAUGGCCGGGACCUGACAGACAAGGAAACCAAAGAAUUUUUAAGAGCAGCCGACAAGGAUGGAGACGGCAAGAUUGGAGUCGAUGAGUUUGCUUCCCUGGUGAAGGAAUAAACAGUCGCCUAGUGUGACCGACUAGCACUCCAAGAUCACCUCACAACCACCGCUACAUCCCGACACCGCUGGCCCUCCUUCCUCCCCACCACCUACACCUCACCGCCUCACCCUGACUCCCAGCCCACCGGACCGCAGCCGAUUCCCGCUACACACACACUCCUCUUUUCUCACCCCCUCCCCCACCGCUGUCUUUGCUAAGUGCCAUUCUGCACUUUAGGAAGUAAGCUGUGGUGUGCCACGCUCUCACACACACACCUCCUCAAAUGUCCCCUCGCCUAUCUUCAUACUAUUUAUUUUAUCCUUUUUAUACAAACUGUUCUAUUUUCUGUUCAUGUAUAGAUAUAGAACAUGUCUGCAGGAAUAAACCUCACAUUUCAAAGCAUUUCAAGUAGAUAGUUAAAGAAAAAUAGAGAUUAUAAGAGGAAGACUAAUGUCUUUCUGUAUUUCUGACUUCACCGUCUUAGCCAACACUUGCUCACUUUCUUUCUCCCUUUUUUUUCUGUUUUUCUCUUCCCUCUGCCCGGCACUGUUCCCUUCCUGCAUUCGCCCCCCCCUCUCUCCCUCUCACAUCAUCACCCCAUCCACCCAUCCAUCCAUCUAUCUAUCUAUCCAUCCCUUUAUCCUCUGGUAAUGAGUUGUUGUAAAACAUACCAAAAGAAGAAAGAGGUCAAGCUGUGAAAAAAUUAAAUAAAAUGAGUAAAAAA